AUGUCUGAUAUCGUCCUUCCCGUCAAAUACAUCAUUGAGAGUGUCCGGUGGGAGGGGCAGUUGGUUUCCGUAGGAGGUCAGGAUGGCACUUCCAUCGUUGGCCUCCGGCAUGUCAUGGGUGGCACACAAACCUGGAAGGUCCGGAACAAUCCGUCGACCGGCAUGGUGACGUUCCAAGGCGUGCAUCCAAGUCCGUUCCCAGAUGAAGGAAAGUACAUUGCUGUCGACAAGCAGGCAUGUUUACUUGACGAGGCUUCAUGGUUCCGCCUGAUAAAAGCUGAGACAGGCCUGGAUACUUUUAUGGUGGAGGAUGCCGAAUAUCACACUGGCUGGCAUCUCCACAAUAACCAGGAUGGCUGUCCUGUCACUGUUAACAACGUCUUGCUUCCAGGAGGGCAAUGGAAGUUGAAGCCUGUGUCCUGA